AUGAAGAACCAGUCAAUGGAGCUAGAGUUCAUUCUUCUUGGACUGUCUGAUGAUCCUCUACUGCAAAUUGUGAUUUUCCUUUUUCUUUUUCUCAAUUACGUUUUGAGCCUGAUAGGAAACUUCAUCAUAAUCCUCCUUACCCUGCUUGAUCCCCGCCUUAAGACUCCAAUGUAUUUCUUCCUCCGAAAUUUCUCCUUUUUAGAAAUUUCAUUCACUACGGUCUGCAUUCCAAGGUUCUUGACUACCAUUCUGACUGGGGACAAAACAAUUUCCUAUAAUAGUUGUGCAGCUCAAUUAUUCUUUUUCCUUUUAUUAGGAGUUACAGAGUUUUACCUUCUGGCUGCCAUGUCCUAUGACCGCUAUGUUGCCAUCUGCAAACCCCUGCAUUACCCCAUCAUCAUGAACAAUCGAGUGUGCUACCAGCUUGUCCUCAGCUCUUGGGCAACUGGCUUCCUAAUCAUCUUUCCCCCUUUGGUCUUGGGGCUCCAACUCGAUUUCUGUGCUUCCAGAACUAUUGAUCACUUCCUGUGUGACUCUUCUCCGAUCCUACAGAUCUCUUGCACAGAUACUCGACUAAUAGAAUUGAUGGCCUUUGUUUUAGCUGUGGUGACACUUGUGAUCACAUUUUUGUUAGUAGUCCUCUCCUAUGUACACAUUAUCAAAACCAUUCUCAAAUUCCCUUCUGCUCAACAACGCAGAAAGGCAUUUUCCACAUGUUCCUCACAUAUGGUUGUUGUCUCCAUUACUUAUGGGAGUUGCAUCUUUAUGUACAUGAAGCCAUCAGCAACAGAAAGGGUGACUUUAACGAAAGGUGUAGCUGUGCUCAAUACUUCUGUUGCCCCAUUAAUCUCUCCACAAGACUUUUCAUUUUCACUGAACAAUCAGUCCUUGAAAAAGAUAGACUUUUGGGAGAGGACAGUGUCAGUGACAAAAAAGGAAGGCAUCAACGAGAUGGAGUGA